AUGGCUCCCUUGAAGUCAACCAAGAAACGCUCACAUCAUGAUUCUUCGACGCGAUCGAAAGCCUCCAGGCCAAACAAGAAGCAGAAGAAGCAGCCCGUCUAUCAAAGCGAAUCGGAAGACGAGUCGUCGUUCAAGCCAGUGAACCUGAUGGAUUCUGACGAUGAAGGAGGGCUCGAUGUUGUGGUCGAUGAUGCUGGCGACCUCUCAGGCUCUGACGCCGACUCUCAAUCAGAUUCAGCAUCCGAAAACGAGGAUUCGGCACGAGACAAACUGGGAAGGCCCAAGAAGAGCCUGCCAAAGGCAAGCAAACGAAAACUGGCACAGGAUGCGCCUUCUUCGAGCGAUGACGACGCAGAGGGUGAGGGGAAUAAUGGCAACUCGGACGAGGACGACGAGGACGAUGACGGAGACUCUUUUGACUUAGAAGGUUCAGACAAUGGCGACGAGUCAGUAUUGGGAGGUAACAGAAAGUCGAAAUCUAAACGCAACGACCCGGCCGCCUUUGCAACUUCACUACAGAAGAUUUUGGGAACCAAACUCUCCACUGCCCGCCGGUCCGAUCCUGUCCUGUCUCGAUCAGUCGAUGCGCAGAAAGCAUCCAAAGAGAUCAUUGAUGCCGCGCUUGAAGCCAAGGCGCGCAAACAAAUGCGGGCGCAAAAGCUGGCCGCAAAGGAGAAGGGGCGUGUCAAGGAUGUGAUUGCUGGGUCGGGAGACAACACCACGGGCGAACCCCAAGUCAGCACCGGAGAGAUCAGGGAGAAGGAGAAACAACUUAGGAGAGCCGCGACGAGGGGUGUAAAGGAGGUUUUUAAUGCCUUCUUGCGAGCACAACAAGCAGGUAUGGAUGCUGAAGCACAAGCUAGAAAAGAUGGCUUUACUGGUGUAGAAGGUAGGAAGGAGAAGGUUAGCGAGAUGAGCCGGAAAGGAUUCUUGGACCUGAUUGCCAACGGCGGCGGAAAGCUAAAGAAGGGCGGGAUCGAGGAGGCAUGA